AUGGGUGCCGCCAGUACCGGGGCCGAAUCGCUGGAGUGCUGCAAUACCGCACCCCCCGCCGGUGCUCCCACCGCACCGCCGCUUCCACCGCAGCAAGCGAACCGAACCGCCACCGUACAGCAGCCGGCAACGGUUGCGGUACCGCCGCACCGGAACGGUACCACUAUGCCAACGACCGUUCUCGGUACGACGCCCGCAACGCAACCGCCGCCCACCAGCACACCACCCCCCGGCGCUUAUCUGCAGACGCAGCACCACUACGCCCACGGCAAGGACGAGCGCAAGAAGCAGGAGCACCGUUCGCAGCUUGACAUCGAGAACAACAACAGCCAGCAGAUGCCUCAACAGCAGCAGCAGCAUCAACAACAACCGCCCGCAACCGUGCUGCCGAUGCAGCAAAAUGGUGGCGGACACCAUCUGUACGUUAACCCGGUGCAGGCGAACGGGCUCAACUUCGAGCUGUACCUGCAGCAGGCGUACCUGGACGAGCACGAGUACUUUAAUCAACUCAACAACAACAACAACAACAACAGCAACGGCAACAACAUUCACACGAAGCUGGCGCCGCUUGCCACCGCCGGUACCGUGUCGCUCUACUCCGAGUACACCGUCGACACGCCGCACACGAUCGACGACUCGAACCUGUCCGGUUCCUGCCAGUGUUUCUUCGCCCGCUACUGUAAAACCCGGCGCCGUUCGUCCUCCACCUCAACCGCCACCUGCUGUCACGGUGGUGGAACCGGUGCAACCGACACGAACAAAGGCACGAAGGCAACCGGGAAGGCGAAGCGGGGCCUGCCAACGGUAAAGGAGCAGGAACAGCCGAAACCAAAACCCCACCCCACCGGCCCAACCGGCAGCGGUGGAGGGGGUGGUGGCGGUGCCGCGGCAAGGAACCGGGGUGCGGCGGGGCGGGGGGCUGGCGCCACCGAUACGGAUCCGUUGAUGAGGCGGCCCCGCCGGAAGAAGGACUCGAGCGAGCAGGACCUCGCGGCGAAGGCGCAACAACAGCAGCAGCAGCAGCAGCAGCAGCAACAAAAUCAACAGCAACCGGCCGCCAGCAAUGGGGAUGCGGCGCGACACCAGCAACACCAAUCGAAGUAA